CAUACUGAAUGAGCUUUGGGUUUUCAAUCUACUACGAAAUUCUAGAUUUGGAGCCCAUUCAAUCGGUUCCAUAAAACUCGUAUCCACUAGACACCGGCAACCGUUGAACCGGUCGCAGUUUUCAUCAUCGGCAAACACCGGAGAGUCGAGGAGGCGGAGUAUGGCGUCGGGAUGGGGGAUAACGGGAAACAAAGGCCGCUGCUAUGAUUUCUGGAUGGACUUCAGUGAGUGCAUGUCUCGUUGCCGAGAGCCCAAGGACUGCUCUCUUCUCAGAGAAGAUUACCUGGAGUGCCUCCACCACUCCAAAGAGUACCAGCGCAGGAAUCGGAUCUACAAGGAAGAGCAGCGUCAACUAAGAGCGGCUGUGCAUAAUGAAAAGGAAGGUGGCCAUGGUGAUGGGGGAACACAUCACUGAGUUAAUUUUUUCCUUUUUUUUUUGGCAGUUUUUAUGACCAUAUGCAUUUCGAGUUCUUUGAAAAUAAAGAAUUAAUCAUCUGUAUUUCUGUGUGAACCGGAACCCUUCUUGUAUUCAUUGGUAACAAGGAAUGAUGACAUCAUUGUCUGCGGCAUACUGUGUGGCAGUGAUCUUCUGUUUUUACCUUCUCAUCUAAAUCAAUGAUGAUCGUGUUUUUCAGCAAUCUUCUUA